UCCACGGCCCUCCAUUCUUGUUUCGGAACUCGCUAUAAUUUAAGCAAGUUAUAUGUAACAAAUUAUUUAGGAAAUAAGCCAUGUAGUCAGUUUUUCAGUUAAAAUUUCAAUUUUUCAGUAGUUAUGAAGUUAUAAUUAUGUGCUAUUUUUUGACCCAAAUAAGUGAAAAGAAAAAGGUAGCGAUGGAAACUAAUAUAAUUUUAAUGAGAGUGUGCAGGUAGCUUAGGCAUCAUGCCGAAACGCAUACCAUUCCACGUCGUUUAUGCUACAAGCGAAGACAGCUCCUAUCCAGCAUGCGAGCUGAACGCCCAAGGGCCUGCAGCUCGCGGCUGGCGGAGCUCGGGCUCUCCGCCGCACGAACUUCUGCUCCGUCUUACAGCCGUCACGAACAUCCACAAGUUGCAGCUGCUCGCUCACCAUCAGCUCAUUCCUGCCUGCGUAGAAGUUUUGGUGUCGGGUGGUCUGGUAUCAGAAGGAGCAGCUACUCCGUGCGGGGCUACAUAUACCAGCGUUGGUCGCGUCAGCCUCGCGAAGCCUGCACCACAAGCGCGGACUAGAGAACUAAGAUCUGCCGCUCUCCCAGAACCAACUGUAGCACGAUUCGUUAAGCUUAGACUGUCCGGACCACAUCCACCCGCCAAAGAUGAUGAUCAGGUAGCGUUAAUGGCAGUAAAUGUCCUCGGUGAAGAAGUUGAAGACGUAAACAAAUCAACUGCGUCUAUGAAAACCGAAGUCUUCUUCUCACCUUAUGACGAUUUGGCCUUUGUCAUGUACGUGGACAACGAAAUCGCUGACCUGGUACGCAAUUUGGAUCGGAAGAAAAAAGCUGCAGUAGCUGAGGAACGCUUCGAAUAUGCGCGACGGUUAAAAUCUGCUGGCUCUGCAUUAGCGGCUGCGGGCAUAAGAAUCGGCAGGUGGAGACUUCGCAAAAGGACAGCAGCGGCCAGAGAUGACUUCGAGCUAGCGAGGCGAAUGCGAGACAGAAUAACUGACGCUCUUAUAGGUGUAAAGGAAGACCCCGAGUUGCGAAGACUGUUUGAGGAUGAUGGACCGGACUCCCGCAACGACUCGUCCAUGCCGCAAGCGUACGAUUUCUCCCAUCAUCUCUCGCCGUCAGUCGCUGCUGGCGCACAAAGUAUCGACAUACCCUCACCAGUUCCACCCAUAGAACACCACCCAGAGCCGCAGGAAGAAUUCAAUGGAAUAGAUGACUUAGAUUGUCAUCAUAUUCCUGCUUCGACCGUCCAAACAAUUGAAGAUGAAUUAGAAGUACAAGCAGAACCGGCCGAACAAAUCGAACCCAUCCAGGAAUUAAAGCCAGAAAUACAGAAGAAAGAGGAAGAAGAAUUAUUAAGAAAAGAAACAGAUAGCCCACGUAGAAGUAUAACUCCGAAUGCUGCCAAUGGUACCCUAGUAAGACGUAGAAAUAAGAGCGCCGGGCCAAGAUCUACAUUUGAAGCCUAUGAAGAAAGACUGUUACCGGCAUUAAGGCAUUCUCAUACCAAUGAGUACUUAAGAGAGGCUCGUGAAGAAGAGUGCAGUGGUGGAAGCGCUUCAUCACAUCCUCGCGUUGUUCAUAAACUCAACGAGCGAGAGAGAAAACAAGCUGCUUUGCCAAUACUAAUAUUUGGAUAUCCUUUAGUUGAAAAGUUCUUCUCGAAAAACUACUUGGACAAAGAAGAAGGGCUCGCGCGUCUUCGAGCGGAGCUGACGUCUCCAUCCAAUGGAAGUACGAAGACGUCUCCGAACAAGACCGCGAGAGCAGCGGCUACUUUGUUGCAGAGGGCUCUGAGAGACAAAGUGUUCUCAGUUUAUAGUCAGGCUAACGAGGUCGUCAGGGUUUUGUUUAAGGAAUUUGUGCCAGACAGAGUGUGUGCCGCAGAGGUUGGACGUUGUUUAGAAAAAUUGUUACCAGAAUUACUUCGCGCUUGUGGAGACCCUGCACCCCGCGUGCAUUCAACUGCUCAACACACUGUGCUUACUGUAGCCGACUGCCCGAUGGUGAGGAGUCUACAUAUAAUACCGCAACAGCUCGUCCGUCCUGUCGCCGCCUCCAUGCAUCCACGCCUCGCGUUGUCCCGCCUUCAGAUGCUCGAGCAACUAAUCCUGAGUCACGGCAUCUCGACUGACAAAAACAGUGGCCUAACAGUCCGCCGACUAGCGGAAUGCGGUGCAGCUGGCGCGCAACACGCAGCAGGCUCUGUAAGAGCUGCGGCUGAAAGGAUCCUUCUAGCUGCAUACGCAAGGUCACCCAGAGUUGUUAGAGCCCAACUACCACCAGACGACGCCGUUACAAGACGCAACCUCAUUUACAGACACCUAUUCCAACAGUUCGACAGAAUAGAUAUGCAGAAAAUGCUAAACCAGGCACCGACCGAAGAACAACUUCUUAACGGUGAAGAUCAAUCGACCUUAGAAGCAAGCGUCACUCAAUCUACACGAAGUGGUGUUACAGUCAGUGGUAUGACCACAUCCUUUGGAAUGUCUUCUUCAAUGGACGCAACGUCUUCAUACAGUUUAAAAUCUAGUGCAAGUGGAGCUACAUUAGCGCCUUCAAGUUUAAGCGGAAGUUUUACAACAUCUAGAACAAAAAGUAGUUUGAAGAAAUCACCGACAAAGAAGUACACACCAACUCGAACGUCAAAAGAUGUUUCAGGAUAUCCUGGUUAUAAUAAAUUGAGGUUAGAUAGUGCUACUAGUCCAAAACAUUCACCACGAUCUUCUGUCCUUGGAAACGAAAAGGUACACUUUGAAGAAAGUCAAACAGAUGAAGUUAUUUAUCGUCGCAGCAAUCGUUACCCUGAAAACCGUCAUUCUAUGAUACACUACGAUCACGAUCCAUCCAAACCUCAACUUAAAGAACGACCGGCCACAGUUUAUGAACCUUUGCACUUAGAAUACAGAGACUCACCAACAAUUGGAUCGCCAAAGACCUCCAAAAAUGAUGUGCAAAGUAUGGAUUCUUUACCAAUGGAUUCCCCACAAAUGUCCAAAAAUGAUUUAAGAUGUGAUUCAGAUAGCAGGAGUCUAGAUUCCCCAAAACUUAAGGCUGAUUAUUUUCGAGACGUUGGCUUGGAAUCACCAAAACUCGUAGCUGGGGUUAGGAAUUUGCAUUUAGAUGAACAUAGUCAAAUGGAAGAGAGCGGGUAUUACAGUCCGGGCAGAAGACAAGUUCUUAACAAUGAACAACCGUACGAAGGUUACGAAGCCGUCGGUGCUGAUGCAAGUAGUGAAACUACUCCAGAACCUGUAUGCAAUACAUCGUGUACGUGGUGUGGGCGGCGGGUGCGGGCGUCGGCGCUAGAGGCGCACUAUUGGCGUCGCUGCGUGCUGCUUGCGCGCUGUCCGCACUGUCACUUUGCGCUCGAAGCUAGAGCUCUACAUGCGCAUCUUUUGGAAGAAUGCUCGCUGAGCGAAGGCCUGUGGAAGGCGUGCCAUAAAUGUGGAGCUGCCUUACGUACUGAUGAAAGCGAAUACCACGUCAAUUGUAUACCUCUCGGCCUCGACGAAUGGAAGUGCCCAUACUGUCUCACAAACGUGCUAGCGCGGGACCUCCCUUGGCAGAGGCAUCUAAUGCAAUGUCCUCGCAACCCUCGACUGACGCAGCAAAACUAACGGGUACUAGGAAAUAAUGUGUUGAAUCCUAAUCUAGAUACGCAUAACUGAUUUUAGAAAUAUUAACAAAAAACCGGCCAUGUGCGAGUCAAACUAGCAUAUCUAGGAUUCCGUAGUUUGGAAACUUAAUAUUAUUAGAAAUUAUUUGGUUAAAUUAAUCUACCGUCUCAAAAAUAACAAACAUAAAUUACCUUUCAUCUAGUGAACUAACAGCAAUAUAGCAAGCGCCCUGAGCGCGCGGACGGGAUGCUGUGAAGACAAAAUGUAAUGGCGCUCUAUGGGCCGAAGUGCAACAAGUGCCCUCCGCGCACUCGUUACGUUUCAUAGAGCGCCAUCCAUUUUCUCUGAUGGCGGAUCCAGAUGUUUGUGACAAACAGCAAACAACAAGCACUGGCAAGCGUGUGGACAGCCGACGAGUGUUUGCGUAUGCUUGCUAACGCUUGUGAAUGCUUGUCGUUCGAUCCGAUCGGCUGCAAGGCAAACCAAAGACAAACACUGUGUAUAAAAAGUUAUCUAUGGUGUUUGCCGAUGCUUGCUGUAUGUUCUGCCGCAAGCAUCUGGCAGCACCAUCACACUCGCACUCGCACAUUCCAGUCCCAACAGUGUGACCGAACUUUUGCUAUACCUAUCACGAAAUGCAACAAGCGCCUGGGCGACCGUUAAGUUCUACAGUACCCCCAGUAUAAGAUUUUACUUCGAUAGUUGAAACAAAAUAACGUCAAAGUAAA